AUGGAAUAUAUUAGAAACCAAUUAGCAGACAAGACAGCUGGCCACGCAACGUUCUGGAAGUUGGACCCGUACCGGGAUGCGAACCCAGGAUCUUCAAGUUUCAAAUACGAUAGCUUGAACAUCUCCCCCAAUGAGCCGUUAAAUGACAGUCUGGAUGAACACCGCAGUGCGAACCCAGUAUCUUCAAGCUUCAAAUACGAUAGCUUGAACAUCUCCCCCAAUGAGCCGUUAAAAGACAGUCUGGAUGAACACCGCAGUGCGAACCCAGUAUCUUCAAGCUUCAAAUACGAUAGCUUGAACAUCUCCCCCAAUGAGCCGUUAAAAGACAGUCUGGAUGAACACCGCACUGCGAACCCAGUAUCUUCAAGCUUCAAACACGAUAGCUUGAACAUCUCCCCCAAUGAGCCGUUAAAAGACAGUCUGGAUGAACACCGAAGUGCGAACCCAGUAUCUUCAAGCUUCAAACACGAUAGCUUGAACAUCUCCCCCAAUGAGCCGUUAAAAGACAGUCUGGAUGAACACCGCAGUGCGAACCCAGUAUCUUCAAGCUUCAAAUACGAUAGCUUGAACAUCUCCCCCAAUGAGCCGUUAAAAGACAGCCUGGAUGAACACCGCAGUGCGAACCCAGUAUCUUCAAGUUUCAAAUACGAUAGCUUGAACAUCUUCCCCAAUGGGCCGUUAAAAGACAGUCUGGAUGAACACCGCAGUGCGAACCCAGUAUCUUCAAGCUUCAAAUACGAUAGCUUGAACAUCUCCCCCAAUGGGCCGUUAAAAGACAGUCUGGAUGAACACCGCAGUGCGAACCCAGUAUCUUCAAGCUUCAAAUACGAUAGCUUGAACAUCUCCCCCAAUGAGCCGUUAAAAGACAGUCUGGAUGAACACCGCAGUGCGAACCCAGUAUCUUCAAGCUUCAAAUACGAUAGCUUGAACAUCUCCCCCAAUGAGCCGUUAAAAGACAGUCUGGAUGAACACCGCACUGUGAACCCAGUAUCUUCAAGCUUCAAACACGAUAGCUUGAACAUCUCCCCCAAUGAGCCGUUAAAAGACAGUCUGGAUGAACACCGCAGUGCGAACCCACAAUCUUCAAGCUUCAAACACGAUAGCUUGAACAUCUCUCCCAAUGAGCCGUUAAAAGACAGUCUGGAUGACACCGCAGUGCGAACCCAGUAUCUUCAAGCUUCAAAUACGAUAGCUUGA